CGUCAUGUCAAUUUGAUUUGACAGUUUGUGAUACUUAUUUUUGUCAAUAUUUUUGUUCUUUGUGUGAUUUUUCUGAAUAAAGUGAGUGAAGAGUCUGAUCUAACAAAGAUUUUUCUUAUUGAUAAUGUGGGAAGAGGGAGGAGCUUGUCCAGGCGGCAUAUCCAGUAACAGCAAAACUCCCACCAAGUAUUCAGAGAUGUCGAAGCUCCACGAAGUUGUAUUCAACGAUUUGAUGCGAGAAUGCAAGCACAGCGCCCCUGGAGCUCGACUUUCUGCACGUUUGCGGACUUCCCUGGAAAGGAUGUGUCCGUCGGAGCGACGAGCUGUGGUUUGCCGCACGCAGGAAGGCUGCGCGCCGCUGUUUGUCGCGUGCAAGCGCGGUAACGUAGAGCUGGUAGAGUACCUGGUGCACGUGUGUUGCGCCGAGCUUGAACAACGCGGCGUCUACGAGGUGGCCGACGACCGCUCCGUACACUCCGUUACGCCGCUCUGGUGUGCCGCAGUGGAGGGGCGGCUAGACGCGCUACGAGUGUUAGCAGACGCGGGCGCUGACGUUGACGCGUGCAGUGACAGCGGCUCCACGCCCGUGCGCUCGGCCUGCUUCAUGACGCAUCUGGACGUGGUGCGCUUUUUAGUGCAACGCGGCGCCGACAUCCAUCGCCCCAACCACAACGGCGGUACCUGCCUCAUCAACUCCGUGCAAUCCGUGCGCCUCUGCACUUUCCUGCUCGAGAAGGGCGCCAAGGUGGAUGCGGCAGAUAUGCAGCGUAAGACAGCCCUCCACUAUGCUAUCCAAGAACAUCGCGUGGAAACGGCGCGACUCCUAUUGGAGCACGGCGCUGACCCGCAUCUCACUUCACGCGCCGGCGACGAUGCUUUGCGGACCGCCUGUCUCAAAGGGGCCGCGCAGGUGGUGUCGCUUCUGUGUUCGCGCGUUUUCUACCCGGCGGCGCGUAUGGCAGACGCGUACGAGUUGUUGGGCGCAACGCAGCUCGACGAGUUCAAUGAUGUAAGCGCCGCGUUGGCUGCGUGGCGCCGCGCCACUGCAAUACGUCAUGCAUCGACCGGGUACAUCAUAAAGAUGGGGUUCAGUUGCGAGGGCGCAGCGCGAGCUUUAGGCGGCGCGCGCGAGUGGCGGACUAUGGAGCAGUUAGAGCAGCUAGCCACCGACAUGGACGCGUUACGGACCCACGCGCUGCUCGUCUGCGCGCGCGUGCUGUCCCCGCACCACAAGGACACCGUGCUGCGCCUCAUGUACAGGGGUGCGUCAUACGGGGACGCGUUCCGCUAUCAGCAGUGCAUUGACCUCUGGACGUGGGCACUCGAGAUUCGGAUACAAAAGGACUCACUACUCUACACCGAUACUUGUCACACGGCUUGCGCGUUGACGCGUCUGAUGCUGGACGCACGCGCCGGACGACUAGAAAGCGCGCAAGAUCUGCCGCGACACGAUGACGUAAUGCGCGUUUUCACACUCAUAGCCGACAACCUGCCCGAGUGUCGUCGCGCUCUGGAGGCUCGGCCCGUUCAUCGCAAGCAGGCGGAGACCUUCGACCGUGCGCUGCGAUGCGUCACACACCUGCUGUACCUGGCGCUCCAUACUGCCUCGCCGGAACAAAUGCCCGCGCUCAGGGCCGGCGCCCGCAAGCUAGUGCAGGCGGACGUGAGGUCGGCGCACACCGGCGACACGCUGCUGCAUCUAUCCGUGUCCUGCCUCAACGUCAUCCGCUCUACGUACUUCGCCGACGAGCUAGCAGUGCCCCCGAUAUUCCCGUCGGUGGAGGUAGUCCGCCUGCUCCUCUCAGUGGGCGCUCCCGUGUCCGCCCGCAACGGGUCGCGCAGCACGGCGCUGCACGUGGCGGCGGCUCCGUACAACUUCAGCUCUGAGCUUGUGGAGGCGCUGCUGGCGGGCGGCGCGCACCUCGACCAACCCAACCGCUUUGGAGACCUGCCCGCCCAUCUUGUGCCGUUACAUACGCACAGCCAGGUGAAAGUGUUGCGUCACGUGACUCUAGCUUGCCUGGCGGCGCGCGCCGUAUUAGCGGCCAAUAUACAAGUGCCGCCAGGCGUCCUACCAGCCACACUACACGACUUCCUGGACUUACACCGCCCGUAAACUCCACACUACUCUACACUAUAUUCGUGGAAUACACUACACUAUAUUUACGAGCGAGCGCACAUUAAACCACUUGUGGCUCAGUCAACCCACUAGACGCAGUCAUCGAUCGCCGCCGCUAGUGCCCUAGAGGCGUCCACUCGAACGCUUAGUUUGCGACAAUAUUAUAGAAAAUGUAUGAAAACACUCGUGCGCAGCUCGUGGCUCAAUGUGCGCUUGCUCUUAGGGUGAAGCCAAACGAGUGUAAAUUUGAGUUGUGAGACGCGUAAUUUCAGCUGCGGUCGGUUCGUAGAAAAGUCCUGUGUGUAAAUCACGCAGACCCGCUUAACAGACUGUGACAGGAUUUUGUAUGAAACCGAAUGCAGCUGGAAUUACGCGAUUCACGACUCAAACAUUUACGCUCGUUUGGCUUGACCUUCGCGAAACGACCUACAGUACCGACCUCAAUGUCAGUGGCCCAACUGUGAUGUCAUUAAAUCGGUUUUAAACCAAACUGUUGCUUGAAACCAGGUUAGUCCAAUGAAGAUGGUUUAAACCCAAACAUUGUACAGGCCGAUUCAGUAAAAUAAAAUUUUACUUCCGAAUUCGGUAGCUGCAUAAGUAAUAUAAUUUUAGACAUAAGUUUGAUUUGUCACAUGUUACAUAUCGCGUCUCACAGAGGCGGCCUGUCCUCAUUGGUCACUCUCUAUUUGAACGCUUAGAUUGCAAACGAAUACAACUGGCCGCAACCCCGGCCGCGUUUGUCUGUGUGACACUUCACGGCAAAAUGUAGAAAUGUCUGUUAAAGCAGCCAGAAGAUAUUGGUCAUCCGGUCAUCAAUCCGAAUAUAAAAGAUCGUAAGUGAAUUUGCCUCUCACAGAAUACCUAAGCUGGUUUAAAACCGGUUUAUUUAUAACUACUCCGGCCAAUGACAAGCCCCUUUCUCGUAUUUCGUAGUUUAGAUUUGCCGAGAAACAUACAGUGAGACAGGUGCCUAUACACAAUUAAUGCUCCUUAUAACGAUAAACAGUCAGUUGUCAAGUAAUUGUGUUUUUGACAUUUUGUACAUAACGAAAUUAUUAAAACGGAACAUAGGAUAGGUUAUUGUAACGUUUGAAUAUCAUCGAAUUAUAAAUAAGGUGGGAAUUCGUCUGAAAUUUCGAAACCACCGAACCAGCUUUAAAGUGAAAGGGUUAUUAAUAUUAUAAGGACUUACUACUGGCCACGCUGGUCCCACAAAUGUUACCUCCUGAUUACUCUUCCUAGUAUUAUUUCUCAUUUCAUUCUCAAUUAAAAAUCAUUUCGAGAGUUAUCCAUAUCACCAUUAUUCAUCAAUUUACGUCUAAUGAAAACUCUUCUAUUGUGAAAAACUUACUGUUAUAGUUAGUACUUAGAUAACUAAUCAGCUCGAACCUUCACUAAUAGCAGGAUGGGUCUCGUUGGGCGAGUUAAACUGAAAUUUAUGUAAUAAAUGUGGCUGUUUAAAGCGGAACAACUUGACUGUAGUGAGCAUUCAAUCGUCCUUAUAUCUAAAUAAAUCUGAAAAUUUAUAUUUUGUAACACUCGAAUAUUAUGGUACUUUUAAUAUUCCAUAUUAACUCAUUAAAUGACCUUUAUGAGAUUAAAGAUAAAUGCGGCAAUUACUGCAAAAAAGAAAAAAAACAUUGUGAUAUAUUCAGAACAAGUCGACGUGCAAUGGAAUAAUAUAAGUAUUUUUUGCACUCGCUAAUUAUAAAAUGUUUAUAUUAUAAUUGCUUAUAUUACUUAUUAUCAUAAUAAUGAUUCUAUAAAACAGAUUGUUCCAUCGAUGAUCAAAUUGAAUUUAGUCAUGAUCUAUCGAAUAUUUAGAUAACAUAAAUUAAUCUCUUGUAUUAAUUGUUCUUUUCUUCUUUUCUUUAUUUGAUUUUAGUCAUAAUAAUUAGCGUUUGUGUUGUAUUUUUGUUCGAACAAAUUUAUUGAAGUUCCUUGAAAAUGAUUCUCUAUUAGUUAGUUUUUAAUGAUUUGACUAAAUCAAGUUGAUUAUUAAGUCAUCAGAAUUGGUGUAAAUUAUUUAUUAUUGAUGCGGGGAACGCGUAUAACGACUACUAUGAACGUGUUAUAAUGUUCUUAGGCCUAAUUUUUUAACUUUCUCUUUGCGUGCUCCUUUUCAUUUCAUACUUGGGAAAGAGAUUAGCUUAUGUCACAAUGACAGUUGCUUUAACUUUGAAAGUUGAAGGGGGUUGCAGUAAGAGUUAAGUUAGAAAUUUAGCCCCUGGUGCCAUAGGCAAGGCAAUAUACUUAAUGUUAUUCACCAUUCUCAUCAUGUUCCUAUUGGUGUCCCCACUGCUGGGUAAAGGUCAGGCUAUGCCUGCGAAUGGAAUAGGUAUAGGUAGUAUGAGUCAUGGCCCACCACGCGGGCCCGAGUGUGAAACUGUGGACAUAAUUUUUUGUUUACACUUUUAUACAUGUAUAAAACAUGGAGUAUACAAUACUUGCAUCAAUCUUGUUGGAUAAACAAAAUAAUGUGAAGUAAAUACAAUAGUGAUUUAUACUUGUAGAUACUAAACAAAAGAAACUUUAAAACAGUUACUACAAGUAUUCUAUAUUAUUUUUUGUAUAACUAGUAUAUGACUCGUUUCUUGGUGUAAACGAGGGGUAAGUAAUCGUUUUAAAUAAUAGUUUGCUACUUGUCUAAGGCAUCAGUAUUUUGAGCGAAGGUAUUUUGCAAGACAGCAUCAUUUAUUACACUACGUAUUCUAUGUUCAUGAUUAUUUUGUAUUCUAGUGUAAUCUCAUAGUCUAGUUAAUUUAAAAUAAAACAACUAUAUUGUUCAAAAUAGUGUUUUAUUUAUUAUACAAUUAUCAUAAAAAAAAUGAUUAUAUUUGACAUAUAAAGUACAUCGAAAAAUAUAAUAUAAAAAAUGGAUACUAACGACAGAGAUCUAUUUAAUUCUAACCUAUACAUAUUUCGUUACAAAAGCACCGAAACGUAAUUUCUAUUACUCUUAAAUAUAAAAAAAUAAAAUGUGAUGAUAUGUCAAGAAUAUAAUGCUUGAAGGGUAGAAAAGCCUUACAUAAAAAUAAAUGCCAAAUUAAUAUACAUAGUUUAGCAGAAACUUUAAAUUAUAAAAUAAAAAAGAUGUAAAAUGUUUUAUAGUAGAAAAAGUGAUGAGAUUCUUAUAAGAGUAUAAAAUAUUCAGUUGCCCGUACAUUGCUUUUAUUUACACUUGAUAAAGGUUUGGAAGACUACAAUAACUUGCAUUUCUUUAAUUUUAUUGGACACGAUCGCGAAUUUUUUGUAGAUACCUUACAGCUGCCAUAAAUACUCUAUUAUAACCGAGCGUGUUGGCGGUAACUUCAAAACCAUUAAAAAUAAAUUCAACUUUAAUUGGUUUAAUGGAGAAAAAAAGACAUUUUUUAUUUUUCUGUUAAAUCGAUUGACCCAAUUUUUAAAUAUGAGCACUUUUCAAAAUUUUGGAUAAUACCCUAUUAUGUAGGACUAAGUUUAAAAGCAGUUUUGUGUAGUCACGUCCUAACAUGCGUUAAUGUAAUAAUAAUAUAGGAACAGGAAGUAAUAGCCAGCCUUACAGUAUCAGUGCUAACACGGUAGUAAGUGGCCAUAGAGCGUUUAAGCAGUGGCAGACACGGGUAUACUAUCCCCCUUAUUAAUAAACGAGGAAUAAACUUCAGAAUAGUUACGCCGUGUUUUGUUCAUAUCACUCAAUUUCUAUUUGCAAUUCAACGAACAGAGACAAAACAUAGGUUAACUGAUCCAAGCUUAUUCUUUGUUUAUUAGACUGGGUGCACAUGUACGGUUUCCUGAUCAGGACUUCAGAUUUGUUAUUUCGUGAGCCUUUAGGUUUAGGUUUUUUCCAUUCUGAAAAAAUAAGAAUAGUGUGCGCAUCGUUGCAUUAUUUGUAUGUAAGGACGUGCAAUCAGGUGUCCUGAUCAGGCCCAGCCUUAGUCUAGUCGCACGUGUACGGUUUCCUGAUCAGGAAUUCCGAUUCGGAAACCUAAAUGGAGUCCUUACAUACAAAUAAUUCAACGAGGCGCACACUCUUCAAAUUUUUCAAAAUGGAAAAACCGAAAGU